AUGAAUACCCAGGACUGGGAUAAAAUAGACAGCCUUACCUACAAGAAAAUGGAGAAAGACAUGGUUCUCCACACCAAGAGACAAAAACAAAAAUUUGACAAAUGCCGUAAGCAACAGCCAAAGCCAGAACUGGAUAAAUCACGGACCAUCAUCAACCUGACAGACAGACAACUCACUGAAGACCAAGUAUCCAUUCUAGAAAAAGGAGGAAAUUUUGCAGUCACCACCACCAGGAUCCCAGUAGAAAACAUCAUUGCCAAUGUUGAAUCAGCAAUUUAUCAGCUCCCUGAGGAAGAAGCAGAGGAGGUAAGAAUGGAAACAGCAAGGAUCCUGAGAAAUGCAAAACUCCCCCCCAGCAACAUAACGAGAAAAGAAAGACAGGCCAUCAAAGAUCUCAACUCAGAUCCUGAAAUCAUCAUUCUUCCAGCUGACAAGGGGAAUGCCACAGUAAUCAUGGAAACAAAACAAUACAAAGAAAAAAUCAGACAACUUCUAGAUCCCACAAUUUACAAGAAACUGAAACAAGACCCCACUAACAAAAUCACCAGAAAAACUAACACUCUAAUCAAGAACUCCUCCAUUAACUUUGACAUACGCCAACAGCUGUGCAAAUCAGAAGCCCUCCCACCCAGGCUUUACGGACUCCCCAAAAUCCACAAGGACUCCAUCCCACUCAGACCCAUUGUAAGUGCCAUUGGAUCGCCGACUUACAACCUGGCAAAAUUUCUGGCUACACAGCUACAAACCCACAUUGGGCUCACUGCACAUUAUAUCAAGGACUCUACACACUUUAUAGAAAAGAUCAGCAACCUCAAUCUAAGCACCAAGGACAUCCUGAUCAGCUUUGAUGUGGUGUCCCUUUUUACCAAAGUCCCAGUAGCUGACACCCUCACACUAAUCAAACAAAACUUCCCAGAAGACAUCACAGCCCUGUUUCACCAUUGCCUCACCACUAGCUACUUUCAGUGGGACACUGGAUUCUAUGAACAGAAGGAUGGAGUGGCCAUGGGGAGCCCUCUCAGCCCAGUAGUAGCAAAUUUCUAUAUGGAAUACUUUGAAAAACAGGCCCUAGAAACAGCACCAAAAAAGCCAACUGUUUGGUUCAGAUACGUAGAUGACACCUUCACAAUUUGGAGCCAUGGAGAGGAAGAACUCAGCAAGUUCCUGGACCAUCUUAACAGCAUCCACCCAAACAUCCAAUUCACCAUGGAAAAAGAAAAGGAAGGAAAACUGCCAUUUCUAGAUGUUCUGGUCAUCCGCAAACCCAAUCAACAAUUGGGCCACACAGUUUACAGAAAACCUACACAUACAGAUAGAUACCUUCAUAAAAACUCCAACCAUCACCCAAGUCAAAAAAGGAGCACAAUCAAAGCCCUGACAGACCGUGCACAAAGAAUCUGCGAACCUCACCUCCUCCAAGGUGAACUCAACCACCUAAACUGGGCUCUACAGGCCAAUGGAUACUCCACCACAGACAUCAGAAGAGCUGCAAGGCCAAGAACAAGCCAUGAGAGUCAAGACAAAGAUCCACCCAGAGGAAAGGUGUUCUUACCAUACAUCAAGGGAACUACUGACCGCAUAGGGAAGCUGAUGAAGAAGCACAACCUACAAACUAUCUACAGACCCACGAAGAAAAUCCAACAAAUGCUACGGUCAGCGAAGGACAAGAGGGAUCCUCUCUCUUCUGCAGGAGUCUACCGGAUACCAUGCAGCUGUGGACAAGUCUACAUAGGGACCACCAAACGCAGCGCCCAAACAAGAGUCAAAGAACAUGAAAGGCACUGCAGACUAAUUCAACCAGAGAAAUCAGCCAUAGCAGAGCAUUUGAUGAACCAGCCUGGACACAGAAUACUAUUUGAGAACACAAAAAUGCUGGACCAUUCUAACAACUAUCAUGUCAGACUACACAGAGAAGCCAUUGAAAUCCACAAGCAUGUGGACAACUUCAACAGAAAGGAAGAAACCAUGAAAAUGAACAAAAUCUGGCUACCAGUAUUACAAAACUCCAAAAUCAAAACAGUAGAUGGGAACCAACACAAUGAGGACUUGACUGAACAAAGGAUGCCCCCAGGCAAGGGACAAAACAUUUCCAGUGCCAAUUAGGGUGAUUAACUGAAACAUUAAUGCUGGCUCCCAGUGACAAAGAACUCUUGCCACACCUUGGACUCUACACAGAUA